AUGCGGUCCUCAGAACCCAUUCGCCCCAGCAGCCGUCGCGGUGCAUCUGGUGCCUGGAACCGCCUGAAGCCCGUACGCGAAGACGUCCUCGAGACCCGUAUAAUCGAGCGCUACAUGAAACUCUGCGCGCUCAACCGCGAGCAACUCGACCGCCUCUUCGCCAGCGUAAGCGAAUCCAAAAUCGCCGAGAACGAUCUGUCCAAUUCCUUCUCCUCGCUCUCCGUCUCAAAACCGAUUACUGGUGGGCUAGCGACGUCGAAAUACGCCUCCCGUCCCACCACCACAACCACCACCACCACCGCCUCUAACCCCCCACCCGAACCCCACCCCUCAAUAGAAGAACUCGCCACCGUCCUGCAAGCCUUGCGCAAACUCCGCGAAGCCAUCACCGCAAGCAACCGCACCGACACCUUCGCCCGCCGCGCAUACUACUUCAACAUCCACGUCGCGAUCCUGUGCCACGACUGGGAAUCCUACGUCCCCGCGCUGCACUCGCUGCUCAACACGCUGCACCCGCGCAACCCGCUGCCGCCGCACGAUCUGCGUGAUUUCGUCGGCCUGAUGAUUCUCGACCAGGCGUGUCGGCAGCAGGACUAUGCGGGCGCGCGCGCGACGAAACUCGCGUAUAGGCAUGCAGACAGGCACGUGGAGGCGGUGGUCAGGGCGCUGGUGAGUGAUGAUUGGGUGGGCUUUUGGCGCGUGAGGAGGGCGGUGGAUGGGUAUCAGAGGGGGGUGAUGGAGUGGGCGGAUGGGCGGGUCAGGGUGCAUGCGCUCAAGUGUUUGGGCAAGGCGUAUAUGCGCGCGGAUAGGCGGUUUGUGGAGCGGUGUACGGAGAGGGGGUGGGAUGAUUUGGUGGGGGAUGGGGUGGGGUGGGAGUUGGAUGAGGCGGGCGUCGUGGUUAUUAGGAAGGUUAAGGGGAGUUAA